UGAAAACUCGCCUUACCCAAAACCCUCUCUUCUUCGUCUUUCUCUGCAACUCCGCUGUAUCAAAAAUGGACUUACUUUCAAUCUCUGCUCCGUUAGCUUCCAAUUCCAUCGCUACAUGCCGUUCUGGAAUUGUCAAUCUCCGGAAGAAGUCUCUUUCAAGGAUCCAAUCAUUCUCUAUUCGUCCUCACUUAUCAUUUUCUACUAGAUGUUCGAUUGCCGCCAGUCCUAAAGUAAACAGCGGUUUUCCGGAUUCAAAGCGUGAGGUAAACGAUUAUUCUGACAUAUUAUCUCCUUAUGCGUCUCAAUCGCCGGCAACAGGGAUGAGAGGAGCUGAUUCCGACGCGAUGGGACUGUUGCUCCGGGAGAGGAUUGUGUUUCUGGGAAGCAGUAUUGAUGAUUUUGUUGCAGAUGCUAUUAUUAGCCAAUUGUUAUUGUUGGAUGCUCAAGAUCCGACUAAGGAUAUUAGACUGUUCAUCAAUUCGACUGGUGGAUCUUUGAGUGCUACAAUGGCUAUCUACGAUGUGGUACAGCUUGUGAGGGCAGAUGUUUCGACAGUUGCUUUGGGAAUUGCAGCAUCAACCGCUUCGAUUAUACUUGGUGGUGGAACCAAAGGCAAACGCUUUGCAAUGCCCAAUACCCGGGUAAUGAUUCAUCAACCUCUUGGAGGUGCAAGUGGUCAAGCAAUAGAUGUAGAAAUUCAAGCCAAGGAAAUUAUGCAUAGCAAGGAUAAUUUGACUAGAAUUGUAUCUGCUUUCACUGGUAGAUCGUAUGAGCAAGUUCAGAAAGACAUUGACAGGGAUCGCUACAUGUCUCCAAUUGAAGCAGUGGAAUAUGGUAUAAUUGAUGGAGUUAUUGACAGGGAUACUAUUAUUCCUCUAGAGCCUGUUCCAGAAAAUGUCAAAGCGUCCAUUUUCAAUUAUGAGGAAAUCAGUAAGGACCCGCGAAAGUACUUGACACCAGACAUCCCAGAUGAUGAGAUAUAUUAGUCAAUGUCUGUUUUUCCAGAGCUUAGACAAGGAACAUGGGAAUGGACUAUUACUCUUCUUAAUAUGUGCCAAAACAAGAGAAACAAAUGAAAGACGACUUUGUAAUAAGGAUCGUGGAUGCAAUGUGCCAUUGUCGGAGCCGAAAGCCAUCUUCAUAACCUUUGGUGGUAUUUUCUUAGUUGUUGUUUUACAUGUCUAAUUCUGCAAUUCUUCCCUUUUAUGAAGGUUUUUAGUUUUUCCUAAUGAUUUAACUCUAUUUUGCACAUUAGUUUGUUCCUAGUUCUUACCCAUUUAUGGGAAACAUGGUGUACUAUGAAAAAAACAUCAUUUCAUGA